AAACCAGAUCCAGUCGGGACCUAGCAGGUGGACCUGGCGCCCCAGCCAGCGCGGACCGCAGGCGCCACGCCGGCCGCUGCACCUCACCGUUCCGCGCGGGGCAGAGCAGACCGCAGCCCCCUCGCCGCCAGGGACUCACUUCCACCACUGCCUCCGCAGGACCCAUGGGGACCAGAAGACUUUAAAGGAGUUUGGGGUUUCUGGAGCAGGGAAAUCACGGAUCCCUGCUCCUGGCCCCUUUCUCGCGCGUCAUUGAUGGGCAACCAACUGGACCGCAUCACCCACCUCAACUACAGCGAGUUGCCCACAGGGGACCCGUCUGGGAUUGAGAAGGACGAGCUACGGGUCGGAGUCGCCUACUUCUUCUCGGAUGAGGAGGAGGACCUGGACGAACGUGGCCAGCCGGACAAGUUUGGAGUGAAGGCCUCCCCAGGCUGCACCCCCUGCCCAGAGAGCCCCAGCCGCCACCACCACCACCUGCUGCACCAGCUGGUCCUUAACGAAACUCAGUUCUCAGCCUUUCGGGGCCAGGAAUGCAUCUUUUCCAAAGUGAGCGGAGGCCCCCAGGGCGCCGACCUGAGCGUCUAUGCGGUCACCGCGCUGCCGGCGCUGUGCGAGCCCGGAGACCUGCUGGAGCUGCUGUGGCUGCAGCCGGCGCCCGAGCCCCCGGCGCCCGCCCCUCACUGGGCCGUCUACGUGGGCGGCGGGCAGAUCAUCCACCUGCACCAAGGCGAGAUCCGCCAGGACAGCCUGUACGAGGCGGGCGCGGCCAACGUGGGCCGGGUGGUGAAUAGCUGGUACCGCUACCGCCCGCUGGUGGCGGAGCUGGUGGUGCAGAACGCCUGCGGCCACCUGGGCCUCAAGCGCGAGGAGAUCUGCUGGACGGACUCGGAGAGCUUCGCCGCCUGGUGCCGCUUCGGCAAGCGGGAGUUCAAGGCGGGAGGGGAGGUGCCGGCCGGGACGCAGCCCCCGCAGCAGCAGUACUAUCUCAAGGUGCACCUGGGUGACAAUAAGGUUCACACGGCCAGGUUUCACAGCCUGGAAGACCUCAUCCGUGAGAAGCGCCGCAUCGACGCCAGUGGUCGCCUGAGGGUGCUCCAGGAGCUGGCAGACCUGGUGCAUGACAAGGAGUGACCUGGGGGCACGCCUGCCUCCCGUCUCCCGCGCCCCACUUCCUUCCUAGCACCAGGGCUCCCCGGCCAAGGAUUCACCGCCCCGGUCCCCUGCGCACCCGCCCCCACCGGGGGGCGUGCCCAAGCUGCACCCGGCACCCCUCCAGCAAGUGGCAGGACUCUCAGGAACUGGCUUCGGGACUGGGACCGAAAGGGCCGCUGUGUGACGCUGGCUGAGACCCCCCAGUGGCUGCAAUCGUGUUGGGAACCCCAGCGUGCGCUUUCCCCUUGGGUUAGAAGGGGCCAAAGGAGAAUGGUCUGAGGGGAGCGGAGGCUCGGCUCCCGCGAGUUACUGCUCACAGACGAUCACCCCACCUACUAGGAAGGCACCAUCACCACCCCAAACACGCACACAAAGACCGAUCGGGAGUGAGGAGUGAUCUUUUCAGGGCGCAGUUCAGCUCCUGUCUGGAUGUGUCCCCACACUGCAGGAUUUCCAAGAAAUCGAGCCUGUCCCCUAUGCACUUGCGAAUCAUUCCACGAGAGAGCACCUCGGGACUUCGCGUUCUCCGAGGCUGCCCGGGGAUGACCCAGCCCUCCAGCCCCAGGUCUGACAUUGUAUCCCAGGCUCCGGCUAAGCUAGUGUUUGCUCCCUGCUCCUUCCACUGCGGGAAGCUUAGGCACCACCUUCCCGCACUUGCCCGACAGGCUCCCUCCCAGGCAGAAGGGCCGCCUUCCUGUCCCGGAGCUGUCCGGGAGGAUAUGGCGCAGCAGCUAAUUUGGUGAGGAGCACGCCCUGCCCCAGGCAAGGAGAAGGUGGUCCUGGUGUUUGGGAACUUGAAUUUGUGCAGAAGGGCACUUGUUCUUAACCCUAGAUUGCUCCCUCCUUGGGCUGCAUUUCAAAAAGAAUCCUAUUUUGAAAGGGGUUGGAGGAGAGGGAGGGAGAAGACAUGGCAACAUUCCAGAAACCAGCACUAUUGCAACACCCUAGCCAGUAUAUUUCGUUUGGCUUUUCCUAACAUAGAAAUCUUAGAAGGUGGGGAAAUGGGAAUAAAGUUUGAAAAGUGAGGGGGCAGUUCUCCAACUAUGUCAACAACGCUUAUCCUGUUGAUGUUUUAUUGACCAUUUUAGCAACAUGCUAAUAAAAUUUCAAAUUGAAAUUUUUAUUUUCAUGGCUUUAAUCCAUGAUAGUUUAAAUACUGGGGGCCGUGGAGAGUGGACUUAGCUACGAGCUUAGCUAGCAUUGCCUUUUCACUCUCUUUUUCUCAAAUCCUUUGAGAAUUCUGGUUUUGAAUAUGGUGGUUCUUUCUUUUUCUUCCGGCUUUAAGCGGCAGCCCUAGCCAUGGUGGAGUUGUUCAUUCAUGUGCCUGUCGUGUUGAAUCUCUCAGUGGAGGGGUUUACUGCUUUGGUGGAAGUUGCUAGCAGGUUCCAUGGUAUUUCUUUCAAACCAUUACCAUUCCACAUUUCCAUUUCUAUUUUGCUUCCUCUCUCCCUGAUCUCCUUAAAAAGAAUCAAUCAGUCUAGAGUUGUUGGCUUUCCCAUCCUUCUCUGUGGCCAGUCCCACAAUUUGUUCCUGAAUACCAGAAAGGAGCUGUAGGAUCAGGACAAACGAGUGUUUUUCCAAAAAUUAAGGCUGUUUGGAACCCCCUCCCUUGGGCAAAGAUUUACCAACUUCUCUCCCUGUGCUGCAGCCCAGCCCGAUGGACUGUGACUUCAUUCCGUGUGUGUCAGACACCCACAGCGUCCACAUCCUUUUCCAGGGAACUUGUCAAAUAAUGGUGUUAGCUAAUCAUUGCAAGCAAUUGCCUAUUGACAGCUGUGAUUUAGUUGGACAGCAGAUAUUGUGGCCAAAGCCAGUUCCUUGGCAUUUCACAAGUAAUGCAAUAAAAACUAGUCGAGGUGAGCUGAGACUGAAAAUGCCUUUUUCAUGGUCAGUUGUUCAUUUCUGUUUUGUGUUUCAGUUUUCAUCCUGGGUUCGUUCCCUGAUCUUGAAUCAAAAGGUCAGGCCAAUGGAAUAUGAACUAGAGUAUUUUUCUUAAGCCUAUUGAGUGAUUUAUUUUUUAAAAAAAUGUUUAAAUGCAUAUGCUUUUCUUUCGGCACAUACAAUGGCAAAACUUUUGUAAUGGCGAACUCACCUUUGCAUGUAUGGAGCACUGAAAGUCAUAGAUUCCCCUAACUUAUUCCUCUUUCAAAUAACAGAUGGCAGAUCACCAGCUGCGAUCCUCGAUUGUAUCUGCAAACUCCACAUUCUUGACUGUGUCCUCCUACUGUAUCUUGGUUCUCUACUGUAUUAAACACCAUCCUAAGCAAUUGCUCCAACAGGACUCCUUGACAUUUUGUCCUCCACCUGUCAUUGAGAGGAUGGGACUUCAGCAAAAGCAAUGAAUCUGCCUCUGUCACACCUAGCACUAAGAUUUACUUCCUCUGCUGACACAUAAUCUGAUAUGUUUCUUACAAAGAGGGUCACUAUAGCAGAGGGAUGGCGUAUCAGCUUUAUACUGUCCAAAACCAGACUGGCAAUAAAAAUGGUUUUGGCAGCCAAAAUAGCAUUCCUUACUAUGUUGGUCUGUUAAGAAUUGGGUUGAUGAAGAUACUCCUGUAAAUUCACAACAGUAAAACAUUGUUGCAAAGGGAAUUUGAAAGGUUUGUAGGGUUUCUUAGAUCCCUGUGGAAAGAAUCCUUGCUUAGCUGUUGGCCCAUGCUAAUAAUAGCCAGUGGCAGAAUAAUUCUAAUCACAGUGCA